AUAUGACGGGUUCGCCGUUUCCCGGACGUUGCCGAUAGUGACGACGGUUGGUGGGGGUGGGGGAGGCGUCGUACUUGACUGAGGCGGGAACGUCACGGGCGAUGGAUUGGAAGCAGGCGCUGAAAAGCCGGGUGGUUGUCAGUACCGACACUAAAAGGAGCAACCAGGAAUUAAAGGAUGAUGAGAUGGAGUCGUUUACAAAAUACUACCUGAAAUGGAAAGGAGGAAGAAGAAGUGCCAGUACCUCUAAUGUGAACAUACCACGAUUUUAUUACAGGCUGCCAGCAGAAGAUGAAAUAUUGUUGCAAAAAUUAAGAGAAGAAUCUAGAGCCGUCUUUUUGCAGAGAAAAAGUAGAGAAUUGCUAGACAAUGAAGAAUUGCAGAAUUUGUGGUUUCUCUUGGAUGAACAUCAGACACCACCUAUGAUGGGGGAGGAAGCAAUGAUUAGCUAUGAAAACUUCUUGAAAGUUGGUGAAAAAGCUGGAUCCAAGUGCAAGCAAUUCUUCACAGCUAAAAUUUUUACUAAAUUACUUCAUAGUGAUCCCAAUGGAAGAAUAUCUAUCAUGCAGUUUUUCAAUUAUGUAAUGAGAAAAGUAUGGCUGUACCAGACAAGAAUAGGCCUCAGUUUAUAUGAUGUGGCUGGACAGGGUUACCUCAGAGAAUCAGAUUUAGAGAAUUAUAUAUUGGAACUCAUUCCCACUUUGCCACAAUUGGAUGGUUUAGAAAAAUCAUUUUAUUCGUUUUAUGUCUGCACUGCUGUCAGAAAAUUUUUCUUCUUUUUAGAUCCUCUCAGAACUGGAAAGAUAAAAAUACAGGAUAUUUUAGCCUGCAGCUUCCUAGAUGACUUAUUAGAGUUACGUGAUGAAGAACUUUCUAAGGAAAGUCAAGAAACAAAUUGGUUUUCUGCUCCUUCUGCUUUGAGGGUUUAUGGCCAAUAUUUGAAUCUUGACAAAGAUCACAACGGCAUGCUUAGCAAAGAAGAAUUGUCUCGAUAUGGAACAGGGACACUAACCAACAUCUUUUUGGAUCGGGUCUUCCAGGAGUGUCUGACUUAUGAUGGAGAAAUGGACUAUAAGACGUACUUGGACUUUGUACUUGCGUUAGAAAACAGAAAGGAACCUGCAGCUUUGCAGUAUAUUUUCAAAUUGCUUGAUAUAGAGAACAAAGGAUACCUGAAUGUCUUUUCCCUUAAUUAUUUUUUUAGGGCUAUUCAAGAACAAAUGAAAAUCCAUGGACAAGAUCCAGUUUCUUUUCAAGAUGUGAAGGAUGAAAUCUUUGAUAUGGUAAAACCUAAGGAUCCUUACAAGAUUUCUCUUCAAGAUUUAAUCAAUAGUAGUCAAGGAGACACAGUCACCAGUAUUUUAAUUGAUCUUAAUGGCUUCUGGACUUAUGAAAACAGAGAAGUUCUUGUGGCCAGUGAUAAUGACAGUACAACAGAUCUUCUUGAUACAUGAUUUAACAGUAAUAGAUUGUAUUAUUGGAGAUAUGCCCAACUGAUACAGUGACUGCUUGAGGCUGAAUAGCAAAUUCAUUGCACAUUUCACUGAAGUUUCCAUCUAACUCUAGAUGGACAUCUUUAAAAAAAAUGGAAGGAACUUCACUUUGUUUCUCUCUGUGUGUAAUUACAAAUGUUCAACCUAAUUCUGGAAAUUAACAAGUAAAUAGUACCUGUCAAUUGGCCAUAUUGAUGAAGUCAAAUAACUGUAAUUUCCACAGAAGACUAAUAUAUCAAGCAGCUAUGUGUAUAAGUCAGCCUCCCCAACCAGUUGUCAUUCAGAAGUGUUGAAUUUAGUUGUAGCAAUAUGGCACUGUUAUCUGUUUAGAUCCCAUGUUAACGGAUGUUGGUAUAAAAUUUCAAAAAUACAAACCAUGGUAAGUUAAAAUGCUUGGAUAAUAAUCAGGUAUGUAUUGUCAUUUUGCCUGUACUGGGUGCAGUUUUUUAAACUAGUCUUAAGCUUAUUAUGUUCUAACUAAAUUUCCCUGAGUUUAACAAUGAGUGACACAAAUCUAAGACUGGGUAAAGCACUGUUAUGAAAUGUAAAAUGAUGGUGCAUAAAUAAGCUAGAAGAAUAAGUAUAGCAUGUUUUGCAAACACACUGGAAACCUUGAGUGUCUAAAUAUGUAAUAGCAAUAAACAGAAUUCAGUUUUUUAAAAAAGACUGUUGUUAAUUUUAUGCAACUGAUCAAAUGCUGCUAAACUCAGUGCAGAUUAGAUCUUAUAAUCGGUUCCAUAGGAAGAACAUUAUGGCACUGUUUUGCUCCCAAUAUCAGAUAUCUAACAUCAAUUGUCAGUCGUGUAACAUCAUCCAUGGACUCAACUAUUAUUAUAAUUAUUUUAAAUAUACAUUUUAAUGCAUUUACAAGAAAAGAAACAUCUCAUUUGUAAAUUCUAAAAAAAAUAUUAAAAGGUAAGGCACAAUGACUAAAAGAACCUCAUAACAAACCCUUCCUUAUUCAUUAUUGUAGGAACAUGUCUGACUAGCAAAAAUUAGAGCAAUGCAAUCAGUUUAUUAACUAUGUUGCCUUAGAAUUUUUUAUAUCCUGUACAGUGAUUUGAAUAAUUGUGUUACACAUUUUAUAGCCAACAACUAUAUCAUUUUGUAAUCCAAAAUGAAUGCAUAUAUGGAGAGAAAAUUGUCCAAACAUUUUAAAAAGUACCAAAUGAGCAGUAUACCAGAUGAGAUUUCUCUCGCUCAGAUGACAAUAAAGGCAAAAGCAUAUAUUCUUUAUCUUUGCCAUUUUAUCACUCUGUUAGUACUAUAUGAUGUAUUGGUAGUUUUUUUUUUAAUUUCAGCUAAAUUUGUACAAACGUAUAUGUUUAAGAAGAGACUGAAGGGGCAAUGUAAACUACUGAAGUCAUUACAUCCAGAAAGUGCUUAGGGAGCAGAACAACUUUGCUGAAUACAUCCCGUUAUGCUACAUGCACACAAUCCAUUCAGCUCUGAUCUCUAUAAACUUCAUGUAGCAGAUGUUUAUGGAUUGUCCUACAGAAAAUUUCCAUUUACAGUAGAUUUUCAGUGUUUCUUAGGAUGAGUAAGUUUUUAGUUUGAAAAUUCACAAUUGUCAUAGGUGGUUCUUCCUAUUAAAAAUAAAUAUUUUCAAGAUGUUAAAUUUUACAUGUGAUUGACUUCAGUUUUUAAGGUCAGAAUAAUGACAGGUACAUGUAUGAAACUAUGAACAUACAGUACUAAUAAUUCAUCAUACUUCACAAAACAGCACAUUCAUUUAAAAUUUUGCUCAGUGUUUACAUUCAACAAUAAUUCAUCUAAUAUUGAUAUAGAGUAAGCAUCAACUCUUUGGAAUAGUGGAAUUCUUUUCUCACAUUUUGUUAAGCCUGAGAUUUAAUAUCAACCAACCGACACUCUUUAGACCCUUCUUUGUUGGACCUGCAACACAUACCCUUUAUCAAUUUUUAGAUGAAUUUUAAGAGCAUUAUUUAGCAAAUAUUAACAAAACCACAUGAAUUAGAUGACUGCUGGACAUUCAUAUAAACAUGUGCAACAGUGCAAUUAGACUAAAUCACAAAGGUAUUUAUUUUCCAGUUAGUUUAAAAUUUUCACCAGCUUUCAGUAAGUAACAUUAUAAAAACAAAAUAGACUUUUAAAUAAAAAGAAACAUAGUUAUCAGUCCAUAACUAUCAUGAAGGCACCAGGUGCUCGGGAAAGAUCUUUUACU